ACGCCGUGCAAUCGUGAGACGACAACGACAACGACAACGACGACGACGACGUUGAUGAAAAAUAUACUACUAACUCAGUUCUAUAAAGACUGUUAAAAAGCGCAUACGGAGUGUUUGGAGUGUGGUAUUAUACACAAACAUACCUAUAGACACGCUAAAAACCUGCAUAGAGUUGCAAAGAGUGUGAAAAAUUUAAGGAAAAAAUAGCAAAAUGGGCAGUUGUUGUUCAAAGGAUCCAGACUCGAAGACCUCAUGGAGUCCUUCGGAGGCAAAAAACGCGAGCACAACCUCGACCAUUGUCGCACAGCCCACAAACGAUGAUACCUCGGCUGGGGUGUUUACGAGCACGAUUGUGCUGCCGGUUAACAACGCCGAUGGUGGUGUGACUGGCGAAACAACAACAACAACGACUAUUAUAAAGACAACAAAAGUCACAGAAACAGUUACGGAGACCUCGGAGGAAUAAAUACACAAAUGCUGCGAUGAAAAUCGACUGGAGGCGAUGUUUGAGCGAAUAAUAACCAAAUGAUGAUGAAAGAAGCAUUUAGCAUUAAUUUAUAUACACAAUUAAGUAAUAAUAGAUGUUACUGAUAUUUUAGAAGACGAAAAAA